GUUGUGAUAUUACUCUCUUAUGAAGCUUGUGGAAGAUAGCCGAAUCAACUAGAUAUUGUAAGAAAACCCGUUUUUAACGCGAUAUGUAAUUAACUAGUAAUAUAAGACUCAUGUUUAGGCCUAUCCGAUGCCUAUCGUGCUAGCAUCAUGGCUCGUGUAUGAAAGGGGAAACUUUAUAGUCUAGUAGUUUGGUAGCUAAAGCUAAUUCACAUUGACUGAGUCCAACUGUAAUGUUACAUUACCUUGAAUUAAUGAAUUGCAUGUUUUCUCAUAGCGAUAAGGAGCACACAAGUAAAGAGCCACUUCAUUCUCAACCGUAAUCAUCAAGCUCUCUCUCUUAAACAUUGGUCCACAGUAGUAGUUCAGACUUGAUGUUGAUUAAGUUUUUGCGGCGGAAGGGUUAAAUUUGACCUCCUCGGAUUAAAUCCCUGAAAAUGAACAUUUUACCCAAGAAAAGUUGGCAUGUGCGCAACAAGGACAAUGUUGCUCGUGUCCGUCGAGAUGAAGCAGAAGCGGCCGAGCAAGAGCGUGAGAUUCAGAAGCGCAUUGAGCGCGCCGAGCAAGAGGCACGGACCCAGUUCUUGAGAAACAAAUCUCGAGCUGCCCUUGGGCAGAGUGGGGAAGCGAGUGAGGAUGGAGAUACAGGAGGAGGAGGAGGAGGAGGAGGUGGAGGAGGAGGAGAAGAGGGGAAAGCAGCGCUGGAGCUCCUGAACCUGUUUCCCCUGGAAGAUGCGUCUGGGAAGAAGGGCAAUGAGGACUACCUGAAAGAGAAGAAGGAGGAGAAGGAGAAGCAAGAGCGAGCCAUCGGCCUGCUAGUGUCACUGGGCCCCGCGCCAGGCACGGAGGCCACUCCCUGGUACCUCAAGAGUCGGAGUGAACGAGAGAAGAAGGAGGAGGAGGAGGAGGAGGAGAAGAGGGGGAAGAAGGAGAAGGAGAAGGACAAGCGGAAGCACAGGAGCUUCACGGCGGAGGAGAAGGAGAAGAAGGACCGCAGGCUGAAGGACCGGCUGGACCCGCUGGCCGAGAUGACCAAAGCCUUGGCCAAGAAGGGCCACAAGGAGAAGAAGAGCAAGAAGAGAGAGCGGCCGUACCACGGAGGGACGAGCAGCGGAGGACCGAGCACGCUGGAGAGGCUCCGAGCAGAGCGACUGCAGAGAGAGGCGGAGGAGAAGAGGAAAGCCAAAGCCCUGCUGGAGCAGAAGAGUGGCGGAGGGAAGGAGAAGGAGCCGGAGAGGCCGGUGGGCGAGAGGGAGCGGCCCUACAACAGCGCCUACUUCCCUGAGCUGGCCCGCAAGAGGCAGAGGAGGGACCGCGACUACGACUUCUCUAAACCCCUAUAACACCUGGACACCAGUGUGGAGAGCAGAAGGGAACUGAGUCUUCCUAAUCUGGACUCUUCAAAACUUUGUGUGUCUGUGUGUGUGUGUGUGUGUGUGUGCGUGGGCUGAGUGGGAGGUAGCUGGAGAUCAGGGGGUGUAUGCCCACCCUGUAUUCUGUCAUAUGGCUGAUAUUUUAAAUUAAAAUGAUGUUCUGUUGUU